AUGUCAAUUUCAUUUAGUUCAAUCCUCCAGGGUGGAUAUCAGCACCCCCUGGCACGCUCAUGGCAGGCUCGCAGCCAGCUGACAAAGUCAAUGUUCAUGUAUCCUAUCUUCAUCACCGAUGAUCCAGAUGCCAGCGUCGUCAUACCCUCACUGCCCGGUCAACGUCGCUGGGGUGUCAACCAGCUCGAAACCUUCCUUGGCCCAUUGGUUAAGAAAGGACUGAAAAGUGUCAUCCUCUUCGGUGUGCCUUUGAAUUGUGAAAAGGACGGCCGUGGCACCCCAGCAGACGAUCCGUCUGGACCCGUCAUCCAAGCUGUGAGAAAGAUCAGACUCUUAUUCCCAUCAUUGUACAUCGCCUGUGAUGUCUGUCUGUGCGAAUACACUUCACACGGGCAUUGCGGUCUGCUCCAUGCUGACGGCACCAUCAACACUAAGCCAUCCGUCCUACGUCUUGCAGAAGUGUCUGUCAACUACGCCAAGGCUGGCGCCCAUUGCGUAGCUCCCAGUGACAUGAUGGAUGGCCGCAUCAAGGCCAUUAAGCAGGCACUCAUUGACGCCGACUUAGCCAGCAAAUGCACCCUUAUGAGUUACUCAGCCAAGUUUGCGAGCGCAUUGUACGGCCCCUUCCGCGAUGCUGCCGGAUGCGCCCCGUCGUUCGGCGACCGCAAAUGCUACCAACUCCCUCCUACUGCCAAGGGACUCGCACGGCGUGCAAUACAACGAGACGUGGCAGAAGGCGCAGACAUCAUUAUGGUGAAACCUGCGCUUCCAUAUCUCGACAUCAUUUCGGAUGCCGCACAGCUCGCAUCAGACCAUCCCCUCGCUUGUUUUCAAGUCAGCGGCGAAUUCGCGAUGGUUCAUGCUGGUGCUGCUGCGGGCGUCUACGAUCUCAAAACAAUGGCAUUCGAGACCACGGAGAGUAUGGUCCGUGCAGGUGCUUCCUUGAUUGUGUCUUACUUCACGCCGGACUUCUUGGAUUGGUUGGAGGUAUAA